GAGUACUCCUGAGAAUACAGUCAAAAGAGAGUUCUCCAAAACAGAGCAGUCUGAAAUUGGGGAUGGCAACUGCAUUGGCAAAGAAAUAAAAAAUGUUUGUGGAAGAAGCAGCCCCUCUGAAAAGAGGGCAAGAACAGCAGGUCCUAUCCAAGUGUGACAUUCAAAAACCUGAGAAAGAGAAGGGUGAAGAGACAAGGAUUAAGAACGGGAAUCUUGUUUUAGUGACCAACUCUUGUGGAAAAGUGGAAUCAUCUAGGAAAAUUUCUGAACCUAUAGAAGCUCUUUAUGAAGACUCUGAUUUGGGAAGGGAGCAGGCUAAGCCCAAGGAGAAGACUGACUAUAAAUGCUGAGAAUGUAGGGAGGGAAUUAUCCAGCAUUCAGACCUGAUUGAACAUGGACUUGUACCCAUGGGAGAAAAGCUCAGUGAAUCUGAAGGCUGUCAGAGUUCUACUCUUACUGGACAUCAGAAAAUUCUUUCUAGAGAGAAAGGUCAUCAGUGCCAUGAAUGUGGGAAAGUCUUUCAGAGAAGCUCACAUCUUGUCAGACAUCAGAAAAUCCAUCUUGGUGAGAAGCCGUAUCAGUGCAAAGAGUGUAGAAAAGUCUUCAGCCAGAAUGCAGGCCUUUUGGAACAUCUCAGAAUCCAUACUGGAGAGAAACCUUAUCUAUGUAUCCAUUGUGGAAAGAACUUUAGGCGUAGCUCUCACCUUAAUCGACACCAGAGAAUUCAUAGUCAGGAGGAACCUUGUGAAUGCAAGGAGUGUGGAAAAACAUUUAGUCAGGCCUUGCUUCUCACCCACCAUCAGAGAAUCCACAGUCAUUCCAAAAGCCAUCAGUGUAAUGAGUGUGGGAAAACCUUCAGUUUGACCUCAGACCUUAUUCGACAUCAUAGGAUUCACACUGGAGAAAAACCUUUCAAGUGUAAUGUAUGCCAGAAAGCAUUCCGACUUAACUCACACCUCAAUCAGCACAUAAGAAUCCACAACGAAGAAAAGCCCUAUGAGUGUAAUGAAUGUGGAGAAGCCUUCAGACAGAAGUCAGGUCUCUUUCAGCAUCAGAGACACCACCACAAAGGCAAACUGGCUUGAUGAGGUGUUCUCUUCCUGUAGAACGUCAGAAAGUAUACAUUGAGAAGCAAACAGCACUUUAGGAAAAGUUAUUCUGGCCAACAUCAGAAUUCUUAGGGAUUGAGUUGGAAGCUGUUUGCCUCCAUUCUCUGUCCUUUGCUUUCCUUGAAGUUAGUUUUGGAGCCAAAUAAUUUCACCCUAGACAGUAUAGUGAGAUCAGAGUUAAAUAGCAUUCUUUACUAUAAGACUUCUCAGAAUUUUUAAUGUGUUAAUGAAUGAUUAUGGAUCUCCAAGAAAUAGCCUCAUGACUGAGUGAGGUCUUUGAAAUUAUCAGCAAAUAUAAUGUCCACUGAUUCAUUAGACUUGUGUCAGUCAGGGGCAGGUUGUUAUUUUUUGCAAAUGAUAUAGCAACAGACUCCUAUAAAACUCAUGAUGUUUGGAAGUAUACCACUCUCAAAGUUGUCUUAAAGUAUGGGUUAAUAGUGAAUUCUUUUCCCUAACAGGCUCUACCCCUCCCUCCCACUAGCCUUACCUUUAUCCCUCCAACUCUACCCCCCAUGCACAGAGGAAGCAUUUUGGAAAGCAAGGAUGAUCCUUUCCUGGUUAAUAAUAGAACUUGCCUUCAGAAUUAUGUCAUUUCAUUUUUACAUUUUCUAUCCCCACCCCAGUAUCUCAUUAAUUCAAGAUAUUAAUCAAAGUUUUACAGUCUGUGGAAGAGAUAUUACAUUUUGAACUGUACUGAAUUAAUCCAAAUAGCAACUGUCUUACUUGGUAACUCCAGUGCCAGUACAGUAACUACUGCAUAUAUACUAUUCAAUAAAUAUCCACAGAAAGAUA